AUGGCUCGAAGAUUUUCAAGAAAUAUCGAAUGUUUCAUUGGACUAUUGCUCAUAGACUUUGCCUUCGGUUGUGAAGAUAACUGCACAAAGUCCACAGAAAGUAUAGCAUUAUCAGCAAUCCUCUGCGUUGCAGCUGUUGCUGCCAUAAUAUGUCCACUCCUGUGCCUAUGUGGACCAUUUAAACGUCUGGCAAUACGAUGGCGAAAAUAUUUCCAUGACAAUCUAGGUUGGGAGUACCCAGAGAGAGGUCAAAGGCAGUGUCAAGUGGAAUAUGGAGUAUCAACCGGAAAUGACGUACCACCCGAGUAUGUUAACAUCGCAUUCAUCGAUUUACCGCCAUCGUACGACGAGGUGGUCAAAAACUCACAAUACUACAAGUAUGGUCCAGCUUGUUCAUCAGUACCCGCUCCUAAGCGCCAUCAUCAGCGACAAGAUUGUCAAGAACGACGGCGAACUGAAACAUGUCAUCAGAUAAGCAGACGAUUAGAGUUUUCACAAGAACGCAAUUCGAAUUCAUCCGUCCAAGAACCAAUAGAUCAAGCCAACAGUAUGAAUCAGCUGAGUUCGAUAACGGUUCAGGAUGCUUCCGUCAUCAGGAAUCAAGAGAGCGAACAAACAAUACACAAUAGUUGA